UUGUUUACACGUUUGUUAUAUGAUGGCUGCUACCGGUAGGCAUAAUGUACAUUACAAUUUGAAACGAAAACAUAUUGAAGAUUAUUCGAGUGACGAAGAUGAUAAUUCCAAACAAGCAAAAUCAAAUGAACCAAGAUUAUGUCCAUAUUUAGAUACCAUUAACAGACAAUUUCUGGAUUUUGAUUUCGAAAAGUUAUGUUCUGUGUCACUCUCAAGAAUAAAUGUGUACGCUUGUUUAGUAUGUGGCAAGUAUUUUCAAGGGAGAGGAACAAAUACUCACGCUUAUACACAUAGCGUUGGAGAGGGUCAUCAUGUAUUUUUGAAUUUGCAGACACUAAAGUUUUAUUGCUUACCCGAUAACUAUCAGAUUAUAGACUCAUCUUUAGAUGAUAUCAAGUAUGUUCUCAAUCCGACCUUUGGUAAGAAUCAAAUUGCAAAGUUGGAUAACAAUGAUAAGAUGUCAAGGGCUAUUGAUGGUUCCUUGUAUUCACCUGGUAUAGUUGGUAUGAACAACAUUAAAGCCAAUGAUUACUGUAAUGUUAUUUUACAGUCAUUAUCUCAUGUCACUCCACUGCGAGAUUACUUUUUAAGGGAAAGCAAUUAUGCUAAAGUUAAGAGGCCACCUGGAGAUUCACAUUAUCUUCUUGUACAGAGGUUUGGGGAAUUGAUGAGAAAAUUGUGGAAUCCUCGUAAUUUUAAAGCACAUGUUAGUCCACAUGAAAUGUUGCAAGCUGUUGUACUAUGGAGUAAAAAAAAAUUCCAAUUUACUGAGCAAGGCGAUCCUAUUGAUUUUUUAUCUUGGUUCUUGAAUGAACUUCAUAUGGCAUUGAAUGGAACAAAGAAAAAAGAUUCUAGUAUAAUUUACAAGACAUUCUUAGGACAUUUGCGAAUUUAUACGCGUAAGAUUCCACCUCUCGAAUUGGAGGAAAAACAGAGAAGUGAAUUGUUAAAUACAGAGGAGUACAAGGAGACUGUAACAGAAAGUCCUUUCCUAUUUUUAACAUGUGAUUUACCGCCUCCACCACUUUUUAAAGAUCAGUUUGCAGAAAAUAUAAUUCCACAGGUCAAUUUAUAUACUCUAUUGAGUAAAUUUAACUCGCAAUCAGAAAAGGAGUACAAAACUUAUAAGGAAAAUUUCAUGAAAAGGUUUGAAAUAAGGGAGCUACCACCUUUCUUGAUUUUGUACAUUAAGAGAUUUACAAAAAAUACAUUUUUCGUUGAGAAAAAUCCAACAAUCGUAAACUUUCCCGUUAAGAAUGUUGAUCUUGGAGAUAUUUUGACACCAGAGGUGAAAGCCAUGCACCCUCAUACAUCUUAUGAUUUGAUUGCUAACAUCGUCCAUGAUGGUGAGCCAAGUCAUGGUACUUACAGAGUGCACAUUUUACACAAAGCUACUGGACAGUGGUAUGAACUUCAAGAUCUACACGUCACACAAAUACUGCCGCAGAUGAUCACUCUUACAGAGGCUUAUAUUCAAAUAUAUGAAUUAAAAAAAGAAGAAACAACUGAUGGGGAAAAUGGAAAAACUCAAUGACCAGAAAAUGCUUAAUUGUUUAUUGUCUGGAUUUACAAUUUGUAAAUAUUUGAAUAAAAUUAAUUUUAAGCAG